UGAAGCUUCUUUUGCCGAUGCAGGCAUUGUCAUAGUGCGCGAGUAACCUUAGAAUAUCCAUGCUGAACCCAGAACACUAACCAACGCAAACACAGUAAUAUUAAUAUCAGAGACCAUACAUCAUAUGCUGAGUGACCAUAGAAAUAGUUGGGGCGCUAUCGAGCGGGUUCAUAGUUCUGCUUGCACGAUGUUAUUGUUGAUCAAGAUGGGCAUGUUUUACUCAUAA